CAUUAUCAUAUCAUUUUUAACCAAAGUUUUGUAGAAAUUAUGAACAUUAAAUUUACAUUAAUUUGUUACAUAAGUAUUAUUAUUAUUAUUAUUAAAAUGGUCGGAAAUUUUGGAGGAGUUUGGGGUCAUUCACUCUGCAUGGCCCACCAAACCGGUUCAAAAUGGAGUUUACUGAAUUAAUUACAGUUUUGCCAUUACGAAAAUGGGAGGGCAGAGGCGUUACAUGCCCUGCCAAUUCAUCACCCCACCAUGCUCCUCUCCUACAGCAUUUAGAAGAAUAAAUAAAUUAAAAUUAAAAUUAAAAUUAAAAUUAAAAUUAAAAUUGUGUGCAGAGGCGAAGGGCAGCUGACAUAAUGUGUAGGGCUGCGGUGGCAGUUUUUGAAAGGGAAAUGUAUGGUAGGUGUCCUUAAAAUGAAAUGUAGGCAUCUUUUGUGGUGGCGAAAUCGGAGCCGUUGAUGAUGAUGAGGAGAAGGGUCACGAUGAUUGCGAUAUUUGGUUGAGAAAUAUUGUAGCAUCAUCAUGCUCAUCACAUGAACACCAACACCAUAUCCAUUGCAUUCCAAAUUUACUUACUUACCUGAUUCUUUUAACUGCUUCGGUAAUUUAAUUAAUAAUUUCCUCUCCCUCUUAAAAAAAAAAAAAAAAAAAAUUAUAUUUGUGUAGAAAUUGAGAACGUCAAACCCUGUUUUUUAAAAAAAUAUAUUUGUAAAAGGCAAAUGAAUUUGGUUUUCAUUUCACAAAAAUUUCAAAUUGGGGUUAUAAAAAUCCCCCCCCGGAUGGUCUAAAAUUUGGAACCCCCUUUGUUCCGGUUCGUUUGGUAUUAAUAUUAUUAUUUGGAUAAUGAAUGAGGUUGGGGGCCUUGAAAAGGCUGCCACUGCCAAAUAACGGUGAAGGGAGGAGCCGUCCCGCUAUAUAAACCCUCCUCUGUUUCGUCUCCAAAUUCACACACACACACCCACCUGCAUGUGUUCUUAUUCCUUCUGUUUGGCCUGCGUUUGAAUCCAUCAGAGGAAGAAAUGGUAAAAAAGAUAGUAAUUAGAGAGUUCGAUGCGAGUAAGGAUUGUAUGGGAGUGGAAGAUGUGGAGAGAAGGUGCGAAGUCGGGCCAAGCGGCAAACUAUGUCUUUUCACUGAUCUCUUGGGUGACCCAAUUUGCAGGGUCCGCAACUCCCCUGCUUUCCUCAUGCUGGUGGCAGCCACGGCCGACCACGACGACAUACUUGGAAUGAUUAGAGGCUGCAUCAAAACCGUUACAUGUGGCAAAAAACUCUCCCGCACUCCCAAAACCACCAUCCAUCACGCCGCUGCUGAUCACCCUACAAAAUACGUCCCUGUUUACACUAAACUCGCCUACAUCUUAGGCCUCCGCGUCUCCCCCGCUCACCGGAGAAUGGGAAUUGGGUUGAAACUGGUGGAGAAAAUGGAGGAGUGGUUCAGAGAGAAUGGUGCGGAGUAUUCGUACAUAGCAACGGAAAAAGACAACGUGGCGUCAGUUAAUCUGUUCACCGAAAAAUGCGGCUACUCCAAGUUCCGUACACCGGCCAUCCUUGUCAAUCCCGUUUUCGCCCACCCACUCCCCUUGUCCCAACGCGUCACCAUCCUCCCACUUUCACGUUCAGACGCUGAGAUUCUCUAUCGCUCCCGUUUCUCCACCACUGAGUUUUUUCCUCGCGACAUUGACUCUAUUCUCAACAACCACCUCACUCUCGGUACCUUCCUUGCUAUCCCACGUGGCGUUUAUACUCACGACACGUGGCCCGGCUCGGACCGGUUUUUACUUAACCCGCCUCACUCCUGGGCGGUUCUAAGCGUCUGGAAUUGCAAUGACGUGUUCAGGCUACAAGUACGUGGAGUGUCGUUGGUGAAGCGGACUCUUGCGAGGACGACACGCGUGUUGGACAGGGCGUUUCCUUGGUUGAGACUGCCGUCGGUGCCGGAGCUGUUUAAGCCGUUUGGGCUCCACUUUCUGUACGGACUGGGCGGAGAAGGGCCCGAGGCUGGGAGGAUGGUGAAGACGCUUUGUGGGUACGCUCAUAACCUGGCGAAGGAGAAAGGGUGUGGGGUUGUGGCUACGGAGGUGUCAGCUAGAGAGCGUGUCAGAGCCGCGAUUCCGCACUGGAAAAUGCUGUCGUGCGAGGAGGAUCUUUGGUGCAUCAGACGCCUGACGGAGGAUUUCAGCGACGGCUCUGUGGGUGAUUGGACCAAAUCACCACCUGGGUUGUCCAUUUUCGUCGACCCCAGAGAGUUCUAGAAGGAUUAGAAGGAGGAGAUUGGGAAAGUGAAAAGGAAAGGAAAGGAAAAAGAUCAUAGAAAUGGGUUUUUUAUCGUAAAAGAGAAUAUAUCCCUAACCUUUUUAUAUAUAUAAUUUUUUUUUUUUGUU